GGGUAAUCUCGUCAAUACCUCCACACAUGAAGACCUUUAUUUUCCACCCACAUUUUCACCCAACAAACCAACAAAACACACCCAUAACUGCACCAAACCUCUCUCUCCAGUUUUUAAUCCCUUCUGGACCCUUUCGCCUGUCUCUGUGACUCGAGACGAGAAGACGCAGAGAAGCAAUGGAAGUGAAGGAGCUGUGGGCGACGCUCGAGCAAGCGAUCAAGUCCUACACGGGACUAUCUACGGCGACCUUCUUUACGGUCUUGGCGGUUGCUGUGGCGUUCUAUUACGUGGUCUCCGCCUACUUCGAGCCGGCGCCGGUUGCGAGGAAGCGGGAGGUGGAGGUUGAGCCGGUGGAGCCGCUUCCGCCGCCGGUUCAGCUCGGCGAGGUAACGGAGGAGGAGCUUAUCGCCUACGAUGGUUCCGAUCCUAAGAAACCCCUUCUCAUGGCGAUCAAAGGUCAGAUCUACGACGUCACGCAGAGCAGGAUGUUUUAUGGACCAGGAGGUCCAUAUGCAUUAUUCGCUGGCAAAGAUGCGAGCCGGGCAUUAGCAAAAAUGUCCUUCGAGCAAAAGGAUCUCACCGGAGACAUCUCCGGCCUGGGUCCCUUUGAGCUCGAGGCCCUCCAGGAUUGGGAGUACAAGUUCAUGAGCAAAUACGUGAAGGUCGGAACCAUCAAGAAAACUGUUCCGGUUACCGAUGGUUCUGCUGCAUCCACGGAUGCCUCUGAGAUCACUGAUGCAGGAAAUCCAUCUGCCGAAGGUGUCCAUCGUUCCGGCGAAGUUUCUCAUACCGCGGAAUCGAACGAGCCGCCGAGUUCAGCUAAACACACUAUUGAAACGGUUGAUCGCGAUGCUGCAGGAGUUGAGAUAGCCGCGGAGCCUACAAUAGAGAAGGCGAACAAUGACGGUGAUGCGGCGGAAGCGGUUGCGGAGGGGAAGGUGGAGAAACUUAAAGAUGAUGGGGAGGUUGAGGACAAGAAGGAAUGAGUUGAGGAGAUCAGCCCGUGCUGAAGUUAUGUUGGUAUGAAUUUCUUGACGCAGAGAGGUAUGUGUUGUUUUUGCUGAAUGUUUUUGUGUUAUACAAAGCUUUUGGACAUUAUGAGGGUGGAUUUGACUGCUAGACCGCAGUAAUGAUUAUAUAUACAUCAUAGAUGCACAUUUGAUGAUGUAUUUAAUAAGCUAUUUUCAUGGUAAGUUUUUUAUUAUAUUUA